GCUCAUGGCGCGGACUCGUGCGGGUGGAACAAACCCGAUUUGAAUAUGGAGAAUAAAUCCGCAGCUCUUCAUUUGUCCUUCUGCCGCAUAGGGUUGUGGAUCCGCCUCCAACGUCUCUAACGCCACCAUUCCAUCGACCAAUUGCUCUCUCUCUCUCCAUCCACCGUGAAGAGCGAAGCCGCCACCCCUCUUCUUUCUCCCCUUCCUCCGCUAUCCCCUCCCCAAUUCCUUCCUUCUCUUCUAGGGUUUCUAUCUAUCCGAUCCAUCGAUUCCCAGUGAUCGAUCGAUCCUCUCCUCCCACCGUCUGGGGUUUCUUGGAGCGAAUUCUCUGACGUUCGAUCAAACUCUACCCGGGGAUCGAUGCAUCGGUCUUGGCGCUCCCGAUCGCUGAGGGAGGAUAGGAUGGAAUUGGAGAUCUGUUUGCCUUGACUGAAUUUUGAUCGGACUGGAUCGGCACCUUUUUUGGGACCGGAGUUUGGUUAAUUGAGGUCGCGGUGGGCUAAAAUUUUGGUCUUCUGGUGGGUGGAUUGUGGGGUUUCGGAUUGAUGGAUUUGGUUCCGAGUUGCAGGGAUAAACUGGCGUACUUUAGAAUUAAGGAGCUUAAAGAUGUCCUGACUCAACUGGGUCUAGCGAAGCAAGGGAAGAAACAGGAUCUUGUUGAUAGGAUUUUGGCAUUACUGUCAGAUGAACAAGUUUCCAGAUCUCAGUGUUGGGGAAAGAAAAAUUCUAUUGGAAAAGACAGGGUGGCGAAAAUAAUUGAUGAUACGUACAGAAAAAUGCAAGUUCAUGGAGCUACAGAUUUAGCAUCUAAAAGCCACAGUGGCUCGGAUUUUAAUCACAUGAAGCCUAAAGAAGAAAUGGAUGAUUCUUACCAGUUGGAUAUGAAUGUUCGCUGCCUUUGUGGCAGUUCUUUGAUUACUGAGUCAAUGAUUAAGUGUGAAGAUCUUCGAUGUCAAGUUUGGCAGCAUAUUGGUUGUGUAAUUAUACCUGAGAAACCUAUGGAGGGUGUUUCGCCUGAACUUCCACCUCACUUUUAUUGUGAACAGUGUCGAAUCAAUAGGGCUGACCCAUUCUGGGUGACAAUACGGCAUCCGUUACCUCCUGUAAAGUUGACAUCUUCUGGCAUCACGGCAGAAGGAACGAACACUAUGCAAAAUGUGGAGAGAACAUUUCAAUUGUCAAGAGCAGAUAGAGAAAUGUUGCAAAAAACUGAAUAUGAUCUUCAGGUUUGGUGUAUACUUCUUAAUGAUAAAGUUCCAUUUAGGAUGCAAUGGCCGCAGCAUGCAGAUUUGCAAGUCAAUGGUGCUAUGAUGCGAGUAGUUGGUAGACCAGGCUCACAGUUGUUGGGAAUCAGUGGUCGGGAUGAUGGUCCAGUGAUCACGACAUACAGCAGGGAAGGAAUUAAUAAAAUUUGUUUAUCAAGGUGUGAUACUCGCAUAUUCUGUUUCGGAAUCAGAAUUGCAAAGAGGAGGACAGUUCAACAGGUCCUCAACUUGGUACCAAAGGAAGCAGAUGGUGAGCAUUUUGAGGAUGCUCUUGCUCGUGUUUGUCGUUGCAUUGGUGGUGGAGCUAAUACAGAGAAUGCAGAUAGUGACAGUGAUUUAGAAGUGGUUGCUGACUCUGUUACAGUUAAUCUCCGCUGUCCUAUGAGUGGGUCUCGAAUAAAAAUUGCAGGCAGGUUCAAGCCUUGUGUCCACAUGGGCUGUUUCGAUCUAGAAACGUUUGUUGAACUCAAUCAACGCUCUCGGAAGUGGCAAUGUCCAAUAUGCCUAAAGAACUACUCUCUUGAAAACAUCAUCAUUGACCCAUAUUUCAAUCGCAUCACUUCUCGGUUGCAAACUUGUGGAGAAGAUGUAAAUGAGAUUGAUGUGAAGCCUGAUGGUUGUUGGCGCACAAAGAUUGAAGGUGAAUUUAGGGAGCUUGCUCAAUGGCACAUGCCUGACGGUACUCUAUGUGCCACAACAGAUUCAGAAAUAAAACCUAACGUGGAGAACUUGAGGCAGGUUAAGCAGGAUAGUAAAUCAGAAGGGCAUGCAGGUUUGAGAUUAGGAAUUAAAAGAAAUCGCAAUGGAACAUGGGAAAUAAGUAAAUCUGAAGACAUGAAACCUCCAUCUUCUGGAAGUCAUGUUCUAGGUAAGCUUGAAAAUCACUGCCAGAAUAUCAUACCUAUGAGCAGUAGUCCCACUGGAAGUUACAGAGAUGGAGAAGAUCCGAGCGUCAACCAAGAAGGCGGGGGGCCUUUUGAUUUAUCUCUGAACAAUGGUCAUGAGCUUGAUUCUCUUUCACUCAAUUUUGAUCCAACAUACAAUAUUGAGGAUAGAAUCCCUCCUGCACCAUUGAAGGAUCAAGAUAUCAUUGUCCUUAGUGACUCUGAUGAAGAUAAUCUUACAACAAUUUCUCCUGAAAAUGCCUUUGACACUGGUCCAGCUGGUGGCAGUACAAUACCUUUUACUGCCAACCAUCUUGGAGUUUCAGAAAGAUAUCCUGAAGACCUUGGCCUGGGAACCAGUGGAACUUCAUGUCUCGGUAUAUUUAACAAUAAUGGUGAUGAUUUUGGGAUGCCACUCUGGCCAAUGCAGACAGGCCCGCACACUGGGCCUGGCUUCCAGCUAUUCGGAACUGAUGCUGAUAUUCCAGAUGCCUUAGUUGAUUCACAUAAUUCCCUUGGCUGCACAACAAUGAAUGGCUAUGGUUUGACAUCUGAUGGUGGUUUAGAGGAUGCUUCUGGAGUCCAAGAUUUUUCAAACUGUCGUUCUAAUACUGAUAUGAAUGGAAGCUUGGUCGAUAAUCCACGAGCAUUUGGUAACGAUGACCCUUCUCUGCAAAUUUUUCUUCCUAGCGGACCAGCUGGUGUUACCAUGCAGGCUGAUUUACAUGAUCAUACUGAAAUGCCAAAUGGGAUCCAUUCUGAUGAUUGGAUAUCCCUUACACUUGCUGCUGGUGGAGGUCAUGGUGAGUCUACUUCUGCAAAUGGGCUGAAUCCAGGUCAACAGUUGGCACCAAAGGAAAGUAGGACAGAGCCAUUAGAAGAUGCUGCUUCAUUACUUCUGAGCAUGAAUGAUGACAGAGCAAACAAAGCAAAUUCAAAUACCCAAAGGUCUGAUAAUUCUUUCUCACAUCCCCCACGGUCUGUUAGGCCUCGUCUGUAUCUGUCAAUAGAUACUGAUUCUGAUUAGUCGUCGGGAACUAAUGGGAUGGUGACUUUCUAUAUGCGCCUAUGAUGCUGCUUGGUAUGCUUUUGGUAAUCAUUUCUUCUACAAGAAAAGGCCAGACAGUCCUACCUUGCUGCAAGGAAGAAGAGUCGCAGCAACAGAUCACCACUGCAAGUGGUAUAGGUAGGUGUUCAGGCUCAGCAAUAUCCAAAUUGCAUGCUUGAUGAAAGAGUUAAACCUGUGAUAGUUUGCAUGUGUUCAGUGCUUUGCGAGGACAGCCUCCUCUCAUUCCUCCAUGUUGGCUAGGUCCGCAAGAAAAUUCUUUAUUUGAAUUGCAGGCCAAAUGUGUUUGCAGCGAGCUGUACAGUGCAUUAUAGGAGAUGAGAAACAGGGGCCUUCCCAAGGUAUAAGCGAAAUUACUGGGAAGGCUUGUGUAUUAUAUAAUUGCAUCUGGGUUCAUUUGGUGUAAAUUCAAGUGCUUAAUUGAAUUUUGAUGGCUGUUGGUGAAAAUGCUGCAUUAGCUGCACAGCUGAAACUUCACAAAUGUUGUUGCUUGAAGUUCCACUAUUUUAAAUCAGAUGGUGCCUACGUGAUUGGUGCUUUUCAGAUGCAUAUAUUGAUUAAAUUGCUCAAGGUUUUCUUAUACAAUGGAACAUUUUACUGACCCAUUUAUAUGCUAUAUCUGGUUUCAUUUGAAAUGAGAAUGAGCAAUGCAAGUUAGAUUU